UGCCCGAAUAAGCAAACAGAAUGGACCGAAAUUACAAAACUAACCCCGAAGCACCAACCGAAGUUCUCUUGUGCGUCUCUUCUUGGCUUCUAUCUGUGAGUGAUUAACAGUUACAGAGACGCAAAAGAGGGAAAAACACAAUAAUAGACUCAAGACCUAAAACCACGCUAUUCGUUUUUACCAUUGCUGGAUUAAAUAAAAAUAAAAAAUAAAAAAAAUUGUUGGAUUUUUAGGCCUAGUGCUAAAAAAAAAGAAGGAAAGAAAAAAAUUGGGGGAAAUAUAGGGUUCCAAAUCUGGCAAACCUUGUGGGAUUGAGGGCUCGCUCUUCGUUGAAGCAAGAUUGGUCGGAUCUCAACGACGACGACGACCAGUGCAGCAGCAGCAGCAGGCGUUGGCGUCGCAGGCUCUUCAACAUGGCCUUCUCAUGGCCCGCCGCCCUCCGUAUCUCCCUCUUCCUCCUCCUCAUCGCCGCCGUUGUCACCGCCUGCUUCACUCUCCCCAUCGAAAAGAUGAUGAAGGACUUUUUGCUAUGGGUUGAGCGUGAUCUUGGGCCCUGGGGACCUGUUGUACUGGCUGUUGCUUACAUUCCUUUGACAGUCUUGGCAGUUCCAGCUUCAGUGCUCACUCUUGGCGGUGGAUAUCUUUUUGGGCUUCCAAUAGGCUUUAUUGCUGACUCUAUCGGUGCAACUGUGGGUGCAGGAGCUGCAUUCCUUCUUGGUAGAACAAUUGGGAGAUCAUUUGUUGUUUCUAAGUUGAAGGAUUAUCCACAGUUCAGAUCAGUGGCAAUUGCAAUUCAGAGAUCUGGCUUUAAGAUUGUAUUGCUACUUAGGCUUGUUCCUUUGCUGCCAUUUAAUAUGCUGAAUUAUCUCCUGUCGGUGACUCCUGUUUCAUUAGGGGAGUACAUGCUGGCUUCCUGGCUAGGAAUGAUGCCAAUAACACUGGCACUAGUCUAUGUUGGAACAACUUUGAAAGAUCUUUCUGACGUGACACACGGAUGGGGUGAAUUCUCCAAGACCCGUUGGGCUUUUAUCAUUUGUGGCCUCCUGAUAUCCGUGGUUCUGAUGAUAUGUGUUACUAGAGUUGCCAAGGCUGCUUUAGACAAAGCCUUAGCCGAAAAUGAAGAGAUUGAUGGCAUCGCAGCCUCGCCGGUAUUACCAGUUGUAGCUGAACCAUCCACAGAUCUCAACCAACCUCUGAUAAUUAAGGUAGAAGAUUCUGCAGAAGACGACCAUGAAAAGUAAAAUCUCUUUUUGUGUAAAUUCUUUUUGUCCACCCAACCUCCUAGAAGCUGUGUUCAUUUUUUUUUUUAAAAAAAAUCCAAUGCUGAAGCAGGAGAUUCCUGCUCCUAUUUAUUUGUUUUGUACAGUCCCAACAUUAGAAAUAUAGUUUGACAAAAAUUGGUAAUCCUUACAAUCAAGAUGAUGAGAUCAUUGACUGAUUAUCUUUUUGUCUAACAGCAGCAGCUAGGCUCAUCCCAUGAUAGAAUAUUAUUUUGUAACUUCCCACAAUAUAUUGUGGCUCUAUAUUGAUGUUUCUAUUCUCUUGC